AAAGCGAAAGCAGCUGGUUUUCGUAGAGCGCGACGUCGUCCUGUCAUUCAACAGACGGCGCGCAAGGCUUAGCGAGAAAAUAACAUUUACUGCGUUGAUUCGUGCCUCUGUAUAGCACGGACACACACUCCGUCUCCUGUCCUGGGCCGGACAGGGUUGUUUUCGUUAACGACGCAAGCAUGGCAUCAUCUGAGAGGAUAGCAGGCGUCAGCGUCCUCAGUUCGGGCUACUUGGCCUUUCUCCAGAGCCUAUGCAGAGGAAGCAAGCCAAGCCUUGAGGAUGUCACCGAUAUAUUCAAUGAAUUCCGCCAUUGCCUGGGUGGUGGAACGGCCGUUCAUUGUCCGACGUCAUCGCCGUCACCAUCACCUUCCCGUGCUUCUAGUAAACGAAGCGAAAAGUAUGUGCAGUCACCAACGCCUAAGUCCCAAGUCCGGAUAGCCGCUGGUCCGUCACUUACAGCUUCCAGUGCGAGUGCUGUGAGCGACGAUGCCGCAGGUGAUGGAAGUCCAGGUGGCAGCAGUGACGCCGGGUUCGAGCGUUCCUGUACAUGGGAGCCAAGCGAAAAGCCCUGCUGGAUCAUGUCAGACUUGGACCUGUGGAACCGCAUUCUGUCCCGGGACUGCAUCGAACUCCAUGAGCACAAGUGGGGCGAGCUUACGCUGCAGGGGUACCUGGGCCCUGAAAGCCCGCCGAAACAUCGGGACGUGCUUUCUGCCUCGUUUCUCAUCCACUUGCUACUGCGGCAACACAGGUGCGUGACACACAUUAAUUUAGACAUGACUACAGUCAUCCUUGAAAGGCGAGUCCUCUGGCAUGCCCUGAGGACUAGCGCCGUCGGUGUCAAGUUACUCGACUUGAAACCCUCCUUCCUCAAUAUGCGGUGUCCGGUGUAUUCGCCGAAGAAGAGCGCUUGGCCCCGGGCGCUAGUCGGCCUGACGAAUCUCAACCACCUAUGCCUCUCUAGCGUCUACUUCUGCGCGGGAAUCGCGCGUACGCUCGGUAGCUACGUGGAGCAAGCCACUGCUCUUGACACUCUCCUUUUCAUUGAUGUCAGGGCUACUGACACGGAGGCUGCAAUGUUCCUGGACUACUUGUCUCGCAACCGAAGUGUGAAGGUCCUUUGCCUGCAAGAGGCUUUCCUGACAGCGCGGGAAGGCCACGCUCUCGCAGACGUCGUCCUAAAGCAUGUGACCCUUCGUGAUCUCAAGGUGACGGGCACCCUGGCUUGCACCCCUUCGGCCUUACUGGACGCGGCGGUGCGAAGUCCGACUCUGACGUCGCUGUCGGUGCACACUUGCUUGGUUCGUGCCGUGGACGUCGAAGUUAUGGCCGCCGCUCUGACGAUGCGCACGCCUUUCUCCAAGUGUGGCGGAGACGUGGCGUCGGUGGCGCCGACGCUGCCGAUGAGUGGCCUGGAGAGCGUGACCUUCUGUGAAUGCGCGGGCACUGACCCGCGUCUUGAGCAAGCGUACGCAGACCUCAUUGGAGGCAAGUAG